ACAGUGAAGUCUGCUUCCUGUUUGUGUUCAAACUUGCACCUCAUUUCAGAAGAAUUUGGCUGAGGAUGAUUAAACCUGGUGGUUGAAUGAACACUUUGAAAAGCACACUGGCGGGCUAAUGGUUUAAUUUGCUGAGGUGCUGCUGUUUGUAAUCAAAGCAUUUUCCUUCUGCGACAUCUGGGUCACAAAGGGAGAGGGUGUGGGAGGUGCGCAGGCUGGAACAAACUAGCCCUCCUCAAACAGACUAUCGCAGGAUCUGUAUGGGAAUAAGAUCCUUGUCUCCUCAAACACGUCUCAUCUGCAACAGUACAACAGAGCUGUGCUGAGGACAAGGCUGCACGAGGGAAAAAUAUAUCAGUGGGACUCCUCUUAACAGAAACUGACUGAUUUAUGUUGCAGGAGACAACGUAAGCAUUGCCACAUCCGUAAGAUCCUGUUUGGAGCAAAUCCACCAGCAGCCCAUGCUUCGGCCUGAAGGUGCAGAACACUUACAGCAAUAGGAUAGGCCUGGUGGAACAAACAUUCCUUCAUCUUUUUCAGCUCUGCAGCAUCCUCAGGCAUUCGGAAGAGGAAAAUCAGCCCACUUCCUCCUUUUCACGAGAUCGAAAGGACUGAUUCCUUACUCAGCGUUUGACAGGAUCACACAAGCUCUGAAACCAUGAAGCUCAGAACGGGGAAGUUUUGCGGAGUUUUGAUUUGAAUCCAGCCAGACAAGAAAUGAAUGCAUGAGCUGCACAGACCAGAGAGGUGCCUACAAUCAAUCUGCACAAGAGAUUCAGAAGGGAGCAGUGUGCCAGUGGAGGUCUCCGCAAUUGUGUAAAGACCAUCCGAAACUAUGAACGGAAUUGCGAUCUUCAGCUUCUUCAUGACUCUGAUGCUCUCACAGGAUGACUCUAUGAAAGGAAAUGCUUCAUCUUUCCAGUCAACCCAGAAGAUGGAAACAAUCCAGGAGACUCCAGAAUACAUGGCAGAACGAAUUGAAGAAACUGUGGGCCAGACACGAGACAGAAUAAUGUCAGCGCAAUUUGAGUGCUACUUAAAGAUCAUCAGUGACCCACCAUAUGAGAAAGAAGGUUCUUACUGUAACCGUACCUGGGAUGGAUGGCUGUGCUGGGACGAUGCUUCUGCCAAAUCGAUGUCUGCACAGCAUUGCCCUGAUUACUAUCAAGUCUUUGAUCCUGCAGAAAAGGCAACCAAGAUCUGUACUGAAAAUGGGAAGUGGUAUCGACACCCUUCGAGCAAUCGAAUAUGGACCAACUACACCCAGUGCACAGCCCAAACCAUGGGCCAGGUCAAGACAGUAUGGAACCUUUACUAUUCGGCUAUUACAGGUCAUGUGAUUUCUAUCAUCUGCUUACUCCUUGCCUUGUCUAUCUUCUGCUACUUCAAGGUUCCCACUGAUUCCAGCCAUUAUACACGCAGCUGCCAGAAGCAAAUAUUUCAACGACAAGUCAACCUGUUUUUUCUACUCAACAUUGUUCGAGUUCUUAUCACAAAGCUGAGGGUUACCCACCAGGCGCAGUCGAAAGCCUACAUGAAGGUGGUACGAGCCACAUUGAUUCUGGUGCCAUUGCUUGGCAUUCAGUAUGUGCUGGUUCCAGCAAAGCCCAAGGGGCACAUUACCGGAGAGAUUUAUGAACACGUGAUGCACAUCUGUCUACAUUAUCAGGCGAUACCAGUGACAACGAUAUUCUGCUUUUAUAAUGGAGAGGUGCAAAGUGCGUUUAAAAGGCAGUGGUCACAGUACAAGGUCCAAUGCAGCCACCAAUUAACAAGCACAGAUAUCUCACACUCCAAUGCAACGUCUGUGACAGAGAUCGCAAGAUAUAUGCUCACCCAGCCCACGAAUAGCAACCACCUCAACAGCAAAAGCUGCCCUGAGACUGUUGCAGUGAAAGUGCCAGGCAUCCACAUGUGAAUGAAAAUCAAGACCACCACCAGGUCUCUCAGGCUUUCUUCAAUAUCUUCGCAGGAGAGAGAGAAAAAUGGCUUUCCUUUUUAUACAGCAUGACCCUAUGGCUUCGGAAUCUUUUGGUGGUCUAAUUACAAGGAAUUGUUGGAGGUUUAAUUCUUGUUAUGUAUCAAAUUGAUGUAUAUGUUGAUGUUUCUGUAACCCAGUGACUCACUCGUUAUGCUACUUGGGAGAUUUUCUGAACUGUUCAAAACGUCAGGCAUGAAAAAUGGUCCAGGAAGAAAGGCCUUAAGAUUGGAAUUACUGUUCUGAAAAUUCAGAAGUUAUAGAAGUAUUUUGACACUGCCUUUAACAUAGCAUGAGGCACUGCUGGACACACUAUGACACUUUGGUGAACUUGUGACAAAAUCAGUUUUGGGGCAGCACGGUGGCUCAGUGGUUAGCACUGCUGCCUCACAGCACCCGGGACUCAAGUCCAAUCCCAACU